AUGGAAAUUGAAAACAACUAAGCACAAUAGCCAAAAGCCGAAAAAUUGUGGUGGGAACUUGAAUUAGAGAUGCAAGAAAACCAAAAUGAUAUAUAAGUUAGGGUUAAGAUUGACGAUCCUAAGCAAUAUCUCGUGAACGUCACUGCAGCAUGUUUGUUGUAGGAAGGUAGUUACUACUAAGAUAAAGAUGAAAGAAGAUAUAUCAUCACUAAAGCACUUCUUGAGGUGGCUGAGUCUGAUCCUGAGUUCAUCUGCUAGUUGGCAGUCUACAUCCGUAAUGAACUUUACAUCAGAACUACCACUAACUACAUUGUAGCAUUUUGUGUUGUCCACAAGAAUACUCAACCAUUCAUCGAAAAGUACUUCAACAAAGCAGUACUUUUGCCUAAUGACUUACUGGAAGUCUGUGAAUUUGCAUAGGUUCUCUAUAUUUUUGAUGCAACUGAAUUCAAAAAUUUGUAUCUUGAUAGGAUACUUUCAUAAGAUAUUCGUAAGGAACUCACUUUCCGUAAGUGUUUACAAAGAUGCGUCAGAAGCAAGUUUUCUGAAUUCAACGAAUACUAACUUGGUAAGUAUUGCACUGAAUCCUAACGUAAGAAAACAAUGUUCCGUUACCUCUCAGUUACCAACAAGUAAAAGUGGGAUUAAACUAAGAAGAAGAGAAAAGAGAAUCUCUUAACCAAACUUUAGGCAAUAAAGGAAUCUGAAGAUAAGUCCAAGAGAGAAACUGGAGACAUAAUGAACGUUGAAGAUGCAAUCAAGGCUUUAAAACCAGCAGUUAUGAAGAAAAUAGCCAAGAGAUAGAAUGCCAUGAAGAAACACAUGAAGGCACCUAAAAUUCCUAACUCUACCUUGGAAUCAAAGUACUUGACCUUCAAGGAUCUCAUUAAGUUCUGCCAUAUUUCUGAGCCUAAAGAAAGAGUCUAUAAGAUCCUUGGUAAAAAAUACCCUAAGACCGAAGAGGAAUACAAAGCAGCCUUUGGUGAUUCUGCAUCUGCACCCUUCAAUCCUGAAUUGGCUGGAAAGCGUAUGAAGAUUGAAAUCUCUAAAACAUGGGAAAAUGAACUCAGUGCAAAAGGCAACACUGCUGAGGUUUGGGAUAAUUUAAUUUCAAGCAAUUAACUCCCAUAUAUGGCCAUGUUACGUAACUUGUCUAACAUCUUAAAAGCCGGUGUUUCAGAUACUACACACUCUAUUGUGAUCAACAAGAUUUGUGAGCCCAAGGCCGUUGAGAACUCCAAGAUGUUCCCUCUUCAAUUCUUUAGUGCCAUUGAAGCUGUUAAUGAAGCAGUUACUAAGGGAUUCAAGGCCAAGAAGAGAGAAAAUAUGAAUCUUAAAGGUCAAAUCGAAGCAGUAAAGGAAGUUGUUGAAAAAACCGAUGAAGAGAAGAAAGAUAUGGAGUUGGAGUAAACCGAAGAAGGAGAAUUUGUUAAAGUCAACGAAGGAAUUGGCAAGCAAUACAUUAACUCCAUUGAACUUGCAAUCAAGAUAGCAGUUAACAAGAAUUUAGAUGAAAUCAAAGGACACACUGCAAUCUUCUCUGAUGUUUCUGGUUCUAUGAGUACCUCAAUGUCAGGUGGAGCCAAGAAGUAUGGUUCCGUUCGUACUUGUCUCGAGUGUGCAUUAGUCCUUGGUUUGAUGGUAAAAUAACGUUGUGAAAAGUCCUCAUUCUACAUCUUCAGUUCACCUAGUUCUCAAUGCAAUAAGUGUUACUUAGAAGUUGAUCUCCCUGGAGACGAACUCCGUCCUUCUAUGUAAAAACUUUUGCAAGAGAAAGGAAAACUUGGUGGUGGUACUGAUUUCCCCUAUGAGUGCAUUGAUGAAUGGACAAAGAAUAAAACUCACGUAGACAAUAUCGUUAUUUUGUCUGAUAUGAUGAUUGCAGAAGGAUAUUCAGAUAUCAAUGUUAGAGGCAGUUCCAUUGUUAACAGCAUCAAAAAGUACAAGGAUGAAGUAAAUCCUAACAUUAAAAUCUUUGCAGUUGACUUAGAAGGUUACGGAAAGUGCCUUAAUCUAGGUGAUGAGUUCAAUGAAAACAACUACAUCAAGAUAUUCGGUAUGAGCGAUUCAAUCUUAAAGUUCAUUUCAGCCAAGCAAGGAGGAGCAAAUAUGGUCGAAGUUAUCAAAAACUUUGCCCUUCAAAAAAUAGGACAAAAGUGA